AUGACGAGACCGGAAGUAAAAAUUACACAGGGUACUCUCUUAGGUACGACCUUGCAGGGCGACUAUCCACGGGCCGUCGAAGCCUUCAGAGGAGUCCCCUAUGCUUUACCGCCAACAGGUGAACGCCGAUUCCGACCACCACAAAAGGUAGCACCUAGUCAAGACACUAUAGAUGCUUCAAACUUCGGCCCAAGAGCUCCAGCACAGCAGCUCAUGAUAGUUGGACCGAAAUUAGAGGAAAGUGAAGACUGCCUCACAGUGAACGUCUUCCGGCAAGCUCAACCCGACAAAGCGUCCGCUCUGCCAGUUGCAGUCUACCUUCAUGGGGGAGCCUUCAAUCGAGGAAAUGCUGCGAUGCACGAUACAGCUUCUAUGGUUGGAUGGUCCGAGUCGCCCUUCAUCGCAGUAUCGUUUGGUUACCGCAUAGGAGCGUUGGGAUUCCUACCAUCAAAGCUGAGCGCUGCAGAAGGCGCACUCAACCUGGGCUUGAAGGAUCAGAUUUGCUUGCUUGACUGGGUCGAAGAGAACAUCGAGCAUUUUGGUGGCGACAAGAACAAUGUAACGCUAAUAGGGCUCUCGGCCGGCGCGCAUUCGAUAGGGCAUCAUCUUUUAAACUAUGAGGAGGGUGUAAAGCCCAAGUUUCACCGUGUCAUCAUUGAGUCAGGCGCUCCGACAUCCCGCGCUGUCCGCAACCCCGACGCAGAGAUCCACGAGAUGCAGUUCAAAGACUUUUUGGAAGAAGUUGAAUGUCCUUCAACUAUACCAGAGUCGGAAGUCUUCAGUUUCCUACGCAACCUUCCCACUUCCACAAUUGCCAAGGCCCAAACCAAGGUAUUCCAAAAGUACAAUCCCAGUCUACGCUGGGCAUUCCAACCGGUAAUCGACAACGAAAUCAUCCGUCGCCGUCCAAUCGAUGCAUGGCGGACGGGCAAAUGGUACAAGAUGCCCAUCAUGACCGGAUUUCAAGGAAACGAAGGCUCACUAUACGUCAAUAAGAAGAUGUCGACUUCCUCCGAGUUCCUGGAUUUCUGGAAGACUUUGCUGCCGCAGAUGAGCGAUGAAGAUAUCCAAACGAUACACAAGUUGUACCCUGACCCGACUGAAGUACCUGAGUCGACCUACAAAGAAACGCGGCUGGAACACGGUGUCGGUCCCAUGUACAAACGCAUCGAGGCGGCUUACGCGCACUACGCAUAUGUGGCCCCGGUACGUCAAACGGCUUUCUUCGCCAGCCAAGAUGCACCUGUAUACCUGUAUCACUGGGCAAUGAGACGCGACAUCGUCGAUGGUGCUCGUCACGCGGACAACAUGUUCUACGAAAUGAGAGACCCGAAGUUUAUUGCGAAGUCUAAGAGCCAGGACGAAUUGUCGGGUAUCCUUCACGCAUAUAUCACUAGUUUUAUCUGUACGGGCACUCCGAACGGACUCGAGGGCACAUAUGCGAACAGAACGGAAUGGAAGAGCUAUGAUAGAGCGGAUCCGAAGGUGAUGAUCUUUGGGAGAGAUAAUGAGGAGUUGAUUGGUGGAGAGACCAUUGGUGAGCCGGCUAUCAUAGUUGACGACACGUAUGCGAAGGAGGAGAGUGACUUUUGGUGGUCCAAGGUUGAACUGUCUCAGCAGUAA